AAGCUUUAGAUCCCUAGUGUUGCUGGAAUUUUGGAUUUUAUUACACCACUGCGAUGUACCAUUUGUAUUCAGUUAAUUCACUUAGAUUUUCAAGACGGCUGACUUAAUUAUUUAUAGGAUUCUGAGAUUUUAUUGUUAUGACUGUCUAAUUACAGGUUAAUAUAGGAGACGUGUCAGAGAGGAAGGCCAUUAGAGAAAGACUACAAUGUAAAUCAUUUGACUGGUACAUUAAACACGUGUAUCCAGAGUUGUAUGUCCCAUACGGGUGUAAAGCCACUGGUCAGGUAACACGUGACAUUAAGAAAUACAGAAAACAUGAUGAAAAGUGAAAUUCCCCAAUGUAAAGAUUAACAAUAUGUGUAUAGACUCCUAUACCAGUGGAAACUUCUUUGGGAAACCUGUUUCUGUCAAAGGAUGUGUUCCUGUAGGAAUGUCGCAGCAUUGGACAUUGACACGUGAGAACACCAUUAGAAGAGACGAAGGUUGUCUGGUGUAUAAUGGUAUAAACAGUGUAUUAGUGGGACCAUGUACAACGCUCAGCAAAUAUCUACAGUGGGAAUACACACGGGAAAAUUUUAUUAAAAGUUAUAUCAAUAAUGCAUGCAUAGAACUAGACAAAAACAAUGGAAUAGUUGUGGUACGCAAUUGCUCACAAAGUCCGCUUCAGAAAUGGACCUGGGAAAGAAGAACUAUUAAGUUGAGCUGAUUCACAUGUGCAAUUAAUCAUAAGUAAUAAUCAAGCUUUCAUUAUGUUCACAUUUAUACAUUUCUUUUGUAGAAUGAUAUUUGAAGAUUUAUACAA